UUACCAUUCAUCCAAGAUAAUAAUUGAUUAUCUUUCAAUCUUGACAAGUCGUCGCCGCUGUGAAGAAUUUGUUUUCUCAUCAUCUCACAGAGCUCAUUAUCAUUAUAAGUGAAUGAUGCUUAUAAAAAUAUUUUUAGUGUGCUUAAUGCUAAGCGGCUGCUGUAGCGCAGACAUGGACGUGUUUGAAAGCCUGUACGAAGCGCAAGAACAGGGGGGUAAAGCAAUGGCCUGUGUGUCGGAUAUUUCGUACAAGAACCCUCGCUCAUGCCCGGGUGUUUUAUGGCGGCAGUCUUGGCUGCUCGUGCGGGCCUCCUGUCUCAAAUAUGCAAGCGAUACAUAUGUGCAGAAGGGGAUCUCUAACUGCACUAGGAACAAUUCAACCAUAACGCCAUCGAACCCGCAAUGUGAUGAAGAAAAGUGCAUCCGGUUCAUAACAGCGGUUUACAUGCAUCCGCGGUUCCCGGCGAUCGACCUGGCCAUGCUCCGCCUAAAUGCUCCCUUCUCCACCGAAACCCACGCUUUUAGUUAUGACUUAGAACUAAAACUAGAUAAUUGGGAGAAAUUCAUUACCGAUUAUUAUAGCACUACCACCGAGGGAAACAUCCAAAUAAGACAUUAUCAAAUGUACACUACUCCCGUAAAAAUGUUUGUAAUCACUGUUGUCCUCCCUACUGUCUCGUUUGCUUUAUUUUUCUUGUACGUUGUGUUCUAUACGGGUUCUUCUGAUAAGGUAUUGGGCAUACCAUACACAAACCUAACAAAUAAGGAAGAAAAUCAAAAAUGUAACUAAACUUAAUAAAUUAUAUCGUAUAGGUAUUAGUUACUACCAUAGUAAAUUAUUAUACUAAGUAGGUACCUAAACUAGGUAAGUACCUACCUAAUUAGGAACUAAGUUUUGAGUUUUACCUACUUAGUUGAGGUUUUAAUAAACAGCAAUUUAAUAAGA